UGGCCAGCGGCGAGUUCAAGAUGCUGACCAAUAUAAGCGACUGGCCGACGGUCCGAGGGCACAGAACGUUCGCGGAGUUCCUGCCGAACGCAGUACUUUCUUGAAGCAAACAAAAUGGCCGGCUCGAUCGUACGUCCCUUCCUGUUGGUGGUUCUCUGUGCCCUGGUCUACGGUGCCACGGUGCCGAGUGGACCGGCCGGUAAGAAACUGACCAUACCGGCGUUCAGCAACGCCGGCAAGACGGUGGGCGUCGAAGUGUGGCGUGUGGAAAACUUUCAACCAGUCGCCGUGCCCAAGGGCGAGUAUGGAAAGUUCUAUAACGGCGAUUCGUACAUCGUUCUGAAUACGAAAGAGGACAAGAAGAAGGUUAAAUCCUACGACAUCCACUUCUGGCUUGGUACCAAGACCACGCAGGAUGAGGCAGGUUCGGCGGCGAUCCUGUCCGUGCAGCUCGACGAUCAGCUGAACGGAGUCCCCGUCCAGCACCGUGAGGUGGAGAGCUCCGAGUCGGAUCUGUUCCUCAGCUACUUCAAGGGAACGGUCAAGUACCUGGAAGGUGGCGUCGCCAGUGGCUUCAAGCAUGUCACCACCAACGACCCCGGGGCGAAGCGACUCUUCCACAUCAAGGGCUCGAAAAACAUUCGCGCCCGCCAGGUCGAGCUGGCCGUUUCGGCGAUGAACAAGGGCGAUUGCUUCGUGCUGGAUGCCGGCCGUGACAUCUACGUGUACGUCGGCCCGAAUGCGGGUCGCGUCGAGAAGCUGAAGGCCAUCAGCUUCGCGAACGAUCUGCGCGAUCAGGACCAUGCCGGGCGGUCGAAGGUUCAGAUUGUGGACGAGUUUUCGACGCUCACCGAUCAGGAGCAGUUCUUUACGGUGCUCGGUUCCGGCUCGCCGUCACUCGUGCCGGACGCGGAAACGGCCCCGGCUGACGCGGCGUUCGAGAAAACGGAUGCCGCCCGGGUGCAGCUGUACCGUGUGACGGACGCCAAGGGAAAGCUGGCGGUCGAGCCGAUCAACGAGAAGCCGCUGAAGCAGGAAUCGCUGAAACCGGAAGACUCGUACAUCCUGGACACCGGCAGCGGACUGUACGUGUGGAUCGGCAAGGGCUCGACGCCGCAAGAGAAAACGCAAGCCUUCGCCAAAGCGCAGGAGUUUAUUGGCUCUAAGAAAUACCCGGCGUGGACGGCCGUCGAAAGGAUCGUGCAGAACGCGGAAACGGCACCGUUUAAGCACUACUUCCAGACCUGGCGCAACGCCGGAUCGUCCCAGUCCCGCUUGGUUUACCUGAUCCAAACGGCCCUCGGCAACGGCGACGAAUCGGACGGUGAUGCCGAGUUCGAUGCGGAGGUGCUGCACACGCUCAAGAAGAACGGUGGCCGAGCGCUAGGCUUCAUGCCGGACAACGGUCAGGGUGAGAUGGAAAUCUGGCGCGUCCAGGGCUACGAGCUCGCCGCUGUCGAGCCGUCGUCGUAUGGUAUGUUCUUCGCCGGAGACUCGUACCUCGUGCGCUACGAGUACAGCGAGAAGGGCGGUGGCCGCGGCUACAUCGUCUACUACUGGCAGGGCAAAACAUCGUCGACGAGCGAGAAGGGUGCGUCGGCCAUGCACGCCGUGCGGCUCGAUGACGAGGUGAACGGCAAGGCCAUCCUCGUGCGGGCCUCGCAAGGCAACGAACCGCGACACUUUAUGAAGCUGUUCAAGGGCAAGAUGGUUACCUUCCUCGGUGACUACGAUAAGCAGGAACGGGGCUCCGACACGAGACUGUUCCGUGUGCGGGGAACCUGCGCCGACGAUGUGCGGGCCGAGGAGCUGCUUCCGAGCGCUUCCUCGCUUGCGUCGGACGAUGUGUUUAUCGUGGUAACGCCGGCCACAACGUACCUUUGGCAUGGCGUUGGAGCAUCGGAUUUGGAGAAAGAAAUGGCAUCGGCCGUUGCGGGUUCUAUUGCGCCCGACACGGAAGUCACCAUCACGGACGAAGGAUCCGAACCGGGUGACUUCUGGGAGGCACUCGGAGGAGAAGCCGACUACGAUCGUGAACUCGAUCCGCCCGGGGCACCGUUCCUGUCGGCGAGACUGUUCCACUGCCGCAUCCUGUACAACAAGAAACUGCGCGUCGAAGAAGUUCCGCACUUCGAGCAGGAGGAUCUUAACGUGGACGAUGUGAUGGUACUGGACGGUGGUGAUGAAAUCUACUGCUGGGUCGGCAACGGGGCGACGGAGGAAGAGCGCACCAAAUCGACCGACAUGGCCCGCCAGUACAUCCGUACGGAUCCUUCCGACCGUUCGGAGGAGACGGUCCCAAUCGUCACGUUGAAACAGGGCGCCGAGCCAAGAAGCUUCAAACGACUGUUCCCCAGCUGGGACGAUGCCUUCUGGGAGUCACAAUUGUCAUACGAAGCGUUCAGACAGCAUAUGUUGGACGAAAACCAAUAGGCUGCACGAAACGCAUCAAUCACCACGCAUUCAUCACACACUCUUUGAAGACGAUCUUUUCGUACGAUCGCAUAUUAUUUUCGUUUAUUCCUAUAGCGCACAAGCAAACGAAAUAAAAAUG